GCUUGGAGGAGGCAAAAGUGCAAAUUUGUUAUCCCAAAUCCAGGUUCUUCCGACACCAGCCGCCUCCACCAUGCCACCUAAGUUCGACCCCAAUGAGAUCAAAGUCAUAUACCUGAGGUGCACCGGUGGGGAAUUUGGUGCCACGUCUGCCCUGGUCCCCAAGACUGGCCCUCUGGGUCUGUCUCCAAAAGAGGUAUGUGAUAACAUCGCCAGGGCAACUGGUGAUUGGAAAGGUCUAAGGAUUACAGUGAGACUGAUCAUCCAGAACAGACAGGCCCGGAUUGAGAUGGUACCUUCUGCUUCUGCCCUGAUCAUCAAAGCCCUCAAGGAACCACCAAGAAAUAGAAAGAAGCAGAAAAACAUUAAACACAGUGGAAACAUCACUUUUGAUGAGAUUGUCGAUAUUGCCCAGCAGGUGCGGCAUCGAUCUCUAGCUAGAGAAUGCUCUGGAACCAUUAAAAAGAUCCUAGAAAGCACCCCAUCUGGGGGCUGCGGUGUUGAUGGCCGCCACCCUCAUGACAUCGUAGAUGACAUCAACAGUGGUGCGGUGGAGUGA